UCUUCGCCCACAUCAAUAAACAAAUCUCUCCAUAUUCUAGUUCUCAUCAUCAUAGGUUUUUUAGGUUUUUUUAGGAUUCCAUUGAUUUACCCAACACAGAGCAUAAAAAGAAAAAGUUUCCGAACAUCGUCCUGUUUUUAAACAAAUCUAUCUCUUCUCUUUCUUAAUAUCCUAAGUUUUUCGGCUUUUUUCUAGGGUUGGAUUUUAACUUGUCAUGGCGGCUUCUGAUGAGGACGAUAAGCACCUUGCCCACGAGGAUAGUGAUGACGACUCCUAUAACGACGAUACGGAUCAUGAAUUACUCCAAGGCAACAGCAGGGCUGAUUAUGAUGAUGAUGAUGAUGAUGAUGAUGAUGAUGAUGAUGAUGAGAUUGCACUCGAAGAAGAUGAAACCCUUAAUAUCCCUAGGUUGCACGACAAUUUUAGUGUUCUAAAAGAAGCAGAUAUACGUCAGCGUAUGGAGGAGAGUAUUGAUCAAGUCUCCUCUGUUCUUUCUGUAUCAAAAGUUGAGGCAAGUGUCUUACUCCUUCACUAUAAUUGGAGUGUUAGUAAAGUUCAUGAUGCAUGGUUUGCUGAUGAAAAACAAGCCCGUGAAAAGGCAGGCUUGCUUGUCAAACCAUUGAUUGAAUUACCUGAUCAUGGCUAUAUUCUUUGUGUAAUCUGUUUGGAAUCUUUCCCUCGUGAUGGGUUUAAGUCUACAGCUUGUGGGCACCCUUAUUGCAAUGAUUGCUGGAGUAAGUAUAUUAAAACAGCUAUCGCUGAUGGCCCUGGAAGUUUAUUGCUAAAGUGUCCCGAACCAUCUUGUCAUGCUGCUGUGGGUGAAGACAUGGUUGGUCUAUUUGUGUCUGAGGAAGAGAAAAACAAGUAUUCUGGUUACUUUGUUAUGUCAUAUAUUGAAGAAAGCAAGAUGAUCAAGUGGUGUCCUGGCCCAGGCUGUGAAAACGCUAUUAAAUUUGUUGCUGGGAGUGAAAAUUUUGAUGUUUCUUGUCUUUGCUCUCAUUCGUUUUGCUGGAAUUGUACUCAAGAAGCACAUCGUCCCGUGGACUGUGAAACUGUGACAAAAUGGAUGUCGAAGAACAGCUCUGAGGCUGAGAAUGUGAAUUACAUACUUGCUUUUACCAAGCCUUGUCCCAAAUGCAGAAGACCAAUUGAGAAAAACAUGGGGUGUUCGCACAUGACAUGUAGGGCACCUUGCAAUUUCCAAUUUUGCUGGCUAUGCCUCCAAGAUUGGAGUCGUCAUGGAGCUUGUAACCGUUAUGAGGAAAAUCCUGAGGAGCAAAGAAGAAAAAAAGCAAAGGACUAUGUGAUGAGAUACACUCAUUACUUUGAACGUUGGGCGACCAAUCAAAAAUCAAUGAAGAAGGCUGCUGCCGACUUGCAAAAUGUGCAAAAUGAGCAAAUUGAGAUUCUUGGUCGAAUUCAAGCCGAACCUGAAGUUCAACUCAAGUUUUUAACAGAAGCCUGGCAACGGAUAGUUGAAUGUAGGAGGGUGCUUACAUGGACCUAUGCAUAUGGUUACUACUUGUCUGAUGAAGACCCGGCUAAAAGGAACUUGUUUGAGUAUUUGCAAGGUGAGGCUGAGUCUGGCUUGGAAAGGCUUCAUGAUUGUGCAGAGAAGGAUUUGCUACCAUUCCUGAAAAAUCAGCAGCCAUCAAAGAAAUUCAUCGAGUUCCGUAAAAAGCUUCUUGUGCUCACCAGGGUGACCAGAAAUUACUUUGAGAACUUGGUUAAAGCUCUACAGAAUGGACUAUCUGAUGUAAACUCCCAGGGUUCUUCAAGUGUCUCAAAGAAGCCCAAACGGGAUCCGACAAUGACUAAUGCUGCUGCUGAUGCUGUUGCUCUUAUUGGAGCUAGGAGCUUCGAUACAAACAUAAAUGAGUCCUCUGCCACUGCCCAGGGUUCAUGGAUUUGUGCAUAUUGUACCUAUGUCAAUGAUGUUUCUGCCACGAAUUGUACCAUGUGUGGACGAGGCCCUUGGACUUGUGAUCUCUGCACCUUCGCCAAUUUGAGGACCUCAUCAACAUGCGCAGUGUGUUCCGAACCCCGGCAACCUAAUUAGAUCACUCCAAAUGGGUAUCUUAUGUAGAUUUUGUGCUUCACCAAGCCCGGGUACGAGUUUUGCUGCGUCAUUAUAUAUAGUCAGAAACCAUUCUCCACCAUAUAUAAAGUCAGUUUACAGCUUUUCCUUUCCAAUUUGCAAUAGAUAUGUUUGGCCAUGAUCUCAGUAAGUUUUUCUUUAAGAAAAUGAUCCCACUAUUUAGUUUUAAUGAUCCACCAUAUAUAUCCAUAAUUUUAUCCUUAUGCUAUACAUAUGAAAGUGAUUUGAGUUGUGAAGCUUUUGCAUGGUCAUACAUACAUAUAUCAUGUUAAAAUGUUCUGUUUUUUUCAAUAAAAAAGGUGCAGAAGCAUAAUUCUCAUCAUCUAAAA